ACGCAGUGCAAGUCGCUAGUGGGAACCGUUACUUUAACCUGGAUUUUGACGGUGACAAGAGUUUUUCCUGCAAAAAAGCCACUAUCCAUCACUCUUCACUGUACCGAGAACAACAUCGGUCUGGGAAGACUGAACAAGAAUGGGUUGCCGACAGAGUAAUCAAGUUAAAGACAGCAGCGUAACAACACAGGAUGACGAUGGAAGAAUGCGUACAAGACAGAGUAGAGUCAAAGACAGCAGUGUGGCAACAGAGGACGACGAUGGCAGUAAAUACGAAGAACAUCCACAAGAUGGCUACAGUACUCUGAAGACAGAAGACGUGGAGAAAACAGAACAAAACUUUACAGCUUCUGUAACAACACAGGACGAUGGCAGUAUCCACGAACAACAUCCACAAAAUGGCUAUAGUGCCCUGCAGACUGGAAACCUGGAAAACGCAGAACAAAAAUGUGCAGCUGCUGUGACAACACAGGACGAAGAUGACAGUAUACAUGUACAUGUAUACGAACAACAUCUACAAGAUGGCUACAGAGCACUGCAGAAUGAAGACCUAAAGAAAGCAGAACAAAGCUUUGCUGCUGCACUCAAGUCUGUCCAUGCCAAAGGUCAACACAAAGAAGAGGCAGAACCCCUGUACAAGAUGGGCGAAGUCUAUCUCAAGAGAGGAGUCCAGUCAAUGGAAGGGGGCGACUUUACCAAGGCUGCAGCACUUUGUAACGCAGCAAUGGUAAGAUCAAGGAGAGAAGAUGUGGCGGAAACUAUCCAAGAAAUAACCCAAACAUUUGUAAAGGAAGUCCUGAAGGUAGCAAAGAAGGUAAACAUUGAUAACACACAGAAACACAAGUUGAAAUUGAAGGCUAGUAGGGACUACGUAGAUAAAGAAAUCAAACGAAUAGAACAAGAGGUAGAUCCAUAUAGCCUUGAUGACAAUGACCCUAGGAUAAAAGAAGUGGAAAUGGAGAGAGUGGAAGCAAUCAAAGAUUUGUUUCAGACAAUUGGUGAUCAGCGUAAAACGUUCAUAGCUGGCCUUGUAGGUGAAUGCAUGGAAGCAAUGGGUCCCCCUCCCUGUAAGUACGCCAUGAUAGGCUUAGGUUCACAAGCCACAGGGUUGGUAACCCCGUACUCUGACCUGGAAUUCGCCAUCUUGGUAGAGGAGGAAUCAGAGCAAAAUGUUACCUAUUUCCGCAAUAUUACCCAUUACCUGCAUCUUAAAGUGAUAAACCUGGGAGAAACCAUUCUCCCAGCCAUGGGGAUUAAGUCUCUGAAUGAUUUCUACUCAGACGACCCCCUGGACAACUGGUUUUAUGACUCAGUAACACCGCGAGGUUUUGCGUUCGAUGGAGCCAUGCCACAUGCAUGUAAGACUCCAUUGGGCAGGGGUAGAAACAGCACAGGAACAAGCGAACUCAUUCACACGCCAAGCAAUAUGACUAACGUUCUGAAAGAUGACCUUACGUUCCAUUUAAAGAAAGGCUACCAUCUCGCCAGUGUUCUGGGAAAUGCAAUUUUUAUCACAGGAGAACAGGGUUUGGUCGAAGAGUACAGUUCUUUGUUCACUCAGGAACUUCAAGAAAAUAACAGUAGAGCCCCCCUAAUGGCAAUUACUGUACUGGUUGAUAAUGUAUCAACUUUUCAACGCCAAGCUCUCACUGCCAGUCUGCAGAAUGUAAAGAAAGAAUUGUAUCGAUUUUCAAGCCUUGCAGUGUCCUUCUGGGCUCUACUAAAUAACAUACAGCCAACUACAAUCUGGGAAACUAUUCAGAAGAUGAAAAACAGAGGAGUCGUAAGUAGUGAGAAUGCACACCACUUGAUGGUGAUGGUGAGUAUCUCAGCAGAGCUAAGGCUGCGGACUUAUAUGAACAACCGUGGUCAGGUGGAAAACAUGUCAGGUUUAUCACCAAUGUCAACUGAUACGCGCAUCGGGGAGAUAUUGCAAAAAGUGUUUUACGUCUCAAAUACAAAACAACUAUUGAGGUACUAUUACACAGAAAGACCAGUAAAACAAUUUAUUUUACAGCUGACCAAAACUCAGCCUUUGGAAGAACCUUCCAUCUUUUAUGACGAUUCUUCAGAACUUAAAGCCGAAGUAUUUGAAAGUCUGUGCGAUUACCAAAAUUUUAAGACAUACGCAGAGCAAACAUUAGAGAAAUACCAAUCUAGAUAUGGCAAAAGCGCAGUACACAGGGACAUCAUGAACUCGCUAGAUAGCUUGGGAAAUGCCUGGCACAACCUUGGAGACUACGGGAAGUCGGUCAGCUAUUUCGAACAGUCACUACAGAUGAAGCGGACUAUCUAUGGCGAGGCCACUGUACAUUCUGAUAUUGCCGCCUCACUAACAUACUUGGGUCACGCCUUGGAUAACCUUGGAGAUACCAGAAACGCUAUCAGCUAUUACGAACAGUCACUACAGAUGACGAGAACUACCCAUGGCAAGGGCGCUGUACAUUCUGAUAUUGCUGGCUCGCUUAACAACUUGGGGACCGCCUGGAGGGACCUUGGGGAUUUUAGAAAGGCUAUCAGCUAUCACGAACAGUCAUUGCAGAUGAGGCGGACUAUCUAUGGCGAGGGCAACUCACAUUCUGAUAUUGCAUCAUCACUUAACAACUUGGGGACCGCCUGGAGGGACCUUGGGGAUUACAGAAAAGCUAUAAGCUAUUUCGAACAGUCACUACAGAUGAGGCGGAGUAUUUAUGGCGAGGGCAACGCACAUUCUGAUAUUGCCGCCUCACUUAACAACUUGGGGACCGCCUGGAGGGACCUUGGGGAUUUUAGAAAGGCUAUCAGCUAUCACGAACAGUCAUUGCAGAUGAGGCGGACUAUCUACGGCGAGGGUAAUGCGCAUUCUGAUAUUGCAUCAUCACUUAACAGCUUGGGUGGAGCCUGGAGGAACCUUGGAGAUUACAGGAAGGCUUUCAGCUAUUUCGAACAGUCUCUAAAAAUGAAGUGGAGAAUUUAUGGCGAGGGCAACUCACAUUCUGCUAUUGCCGCCUCACUUAACAACUUGGGUGGAGCCUGGAGUGACCUUGGGGAUUACAGAAAGGCUAUAAGCUAUUACGAACAGUCACUACAGAUGUGGCGGACUAUCUAUGGCGAGGGCAACUCACAUUCUCAUAUUGCAGCAUCCCUUAACAACUUGGGUGGAGCCUGGGACCUCCUUGGGGAUUACAGAAAGGCUAUAAGCUAUUACGAACAGUCACUACAGAUGAGGCGGAGUAUCUUUGGCGAGGGCAACUCACAUUCUAAUAUUGCAGCAUCACUUAACAACUUGGGUGGAGCCUGGAGGAACCUUGGGGAUUACAGAAAAGCGGUCAGCUAUCACGAACAGGCACUGAAGAUGAAGCAGACUAUCUAUGGCGAGGGCACUGCACAUUCUGAUAUUGCAGAUUCACUUUCCAACUUGGGGUCCGCCUGGAGUGACCUUGGGGAUUACAGAAAGGCGGUCAGUUAUCACGAACAGUCACUGCAGAUGAAACAGACUAUCUAUGGCGAGGGCACUGCACAUUCUAAUAUUGCGGACUCACUUAACAACUUGGGUAACGCCUGGAGUGGCCUUGGCGAUUACAGAAAGGCGGUCGGGUAUUACGAACGGUCACUGCAGAUGAAACAGACUAUCUAUGGCGAGGGCAACUCACAUUCUAAUAUUGCAUCAUCACUUAACAACUUGGGUGGAGCCUGGAGUGACCUUGGGGAUUACAGAAAGGCUAUAAGCUAUUACGAACAGUCACUACAGAUGUGGCGGAAUAUCUUUGGCGAGGGCAACUCACAUUCUCAUAUUGCAGCAUCGCUUAACAACUUGGGGACCGCCUGGAGGGACCUUGGGGAUUUUAAAAAGGCUAUCAGCUAUCACGAACAGUCAUUGCAGAUGAGGCGGACUAUCUACGGCGAGGGUAAUGCGCAUUCUGAUAUUGCAGCAUCACUUAACAACUUGGGUAACGCCUGGAGUGGCCUUGGCGAUUACAGAAAGGCGGUCGGGUAUUACGAACGGUCACUGCAGAUGAAACAGACUAUCUAUGGCGAGGGCACUGCACAUUCUAAUAUUGCAUCAUCACUUAACAACUUGGGUGGAGCCUGGAGUGGCCUUGGAGAUUACAGAAAGGCGGUCGGGUAUUACGAACAGUCACUGGAGAUAAAGUGGAGGAUCUAUGGUGAGGGCAAUGCACAUUCUGAUAUUGCAGCAUCACUUAACAACUUGGGGACCGCCUGGAGGGACCUUGGGGAUUUUAGAAAGGCUAUCAGCUAUCACGAACAGUCAUUGCAGAUGAGGCUGACUAUCUACGGCGAGGGUAAUGCACAUUCUCAUAUUGCAGAGUCAUUUGAGAGCUUGGGUGCAGCCUGGGACCUCCUUGGGGAUUACAGAAAGGCAAUAAGCUAUUACGAACAGUCACUACAGAUGAUGCGGACUAUCUAUGGUCAGGACGCUGCCCAUCCUGAUAUUGUCCGCUCACUGAACAAUCUGUGCGCCGCCUGUAGAGACCUGGGUGAUUACAAAAAAGCCAUGGAAUAUCUUAAGCUAAAGAAACUGAUGGAACAGAUACUGAGAAAUCGGUAAGAAAAUAUACCUUUUCGUAACUGUAUAUGCCCUUCUCUGCCAAAGUUGUUUUUUCGUUGUAUAGUUAUAAAAAAAGCACCAUCAUAUAAGCUGGAAACUAUAUUGAAGAUUUAUAUCGCACUGCACAUACUAAA